CACAGCACGGCGAUCAGUGAGGGGACAUCAGUGCUCCAUCAGAGCCCCAUCAGUUCCACCUGUCAGUGCCUAUCAAUGCCACCUGUCAGUGCCCAUCAGUGCCACAUAUCAGUGCCCAUGAGUAAACAUCAAUGCCACAUAUCAGUUCCUACCAGUGCACAUCAAUGCCACAUAUCAGAUCCCAUCAGAGCUGCCUUUCAGUGCCAACUAUCAGUGCCAGUUAGUGCCACCUAUCAGCGUCAGUCAGUGCCACCUAUCAGCACCAGUCAGUGCCACCUAACGGGCCUGUCAGUGCCCAGCAGUGAUGCCUGUCAAUGCCCAUCAGUG